CCAGAAAGAUGUCUAAUCCAGAAGCAAUUUCUUUUCCAAAAAGAGAAGUGCCAAGGGAGCCUGAAGUGCCAUGGUGGAGAAGCAGGAACCCUAUAGUUGAGCCUCUGGACACCCUGGUCUAGGUGGCCACUCAGGAUCAGUGCAGGGGGCCUGCACACCACUAGGGGCAACAGUACCUUGAACAGGCUGUUCAUCUCACCUGGGGUUCUAGUUUGUUAUCAAGCAAAAGGGGCUCACUGCCCAAUGCGCUAGAAGCCAAUACUGACACCAAGUUUUUGAAAAAAAGAAAAGCUUUAUAUUAAAAGUCACCUCUGAAGGAGACAGGAGUCAAGCUCAAAUUUGUCUCUCUGUGCUGGCAUUAAGGCAGUACUUUUAUUAGAAAAGAUUCAGGGGUGGAUUCUGAGAUUAGUAGGUGAUUUGUGCAAGGGGAAAAGGGAGGUCUGGAAAGUCCUUGGGCAUGCACAGUUAUUUCUUCAUGAUAACUCCUGAGUUGCAUGGCAAAUUCAGGGGGAAUUAGUAUGAAACGUGGUGGAAAUUCAGGCUAUGACAUCAGCAAGCUUAUUCUGUGCAAGCUCCAGUCAGCCAUCUCGGUUCCAACCAAUUUCAGCCAGGUUUUUCUUGAUCUCACAAGUGGAGGUGGUUUCCGCAGCUUAAGUUUCUUUAUCUACUAUCCUGAAACCCAAAAAAUUCUGUAGUUACUGGUUUCUUACUCUUUGGGACUUUCCAGACCUCCCAUUUCCAUCCACCAAUCACCUAUUAAUCUCAGAAUCCACCCCCUGAACCUUUUCUAAUAAAAAUACUACUUUAAUGUCAGCACAGAGAGACAGAUUUGAGCUUGACUCUUGUCUCCUUGGGAGUUGACUUUCAAUAUACAAGUUUUUCUUUUUUAAAGAACUUAGUGUUUUAGUUUGGCUUCUAUUGCAUUGGUCAGUGAGGCCCCUUCAGCUCUGUAACACUAACUCUAGGUAGAUAGCAUCAGGAUGAAAUUGAAUUGUAGGGCACACAGUUGGUGUCAGAGAAUUAAGGAAUUGAGUAGUGUCAGAAAACACCUCAGACUACACUUUCUUCCUUGGUGUGGGAAGAGUUCAGUUUGUGUUUCUUCUUGAGUGACCCAACUCCAAGAAGAUGCCACUUCUGGAGAGAGAAUAGGGAUCUCAACUUAGCCUGGCAGUAAGAAUACGAAUGGCAGCUGCAAUGACCCAACAGGGGGCUAAUGUUCGGGGUAUUGUGUGUGUCACACUGACCCUGACCAGCCAAGUAGUCACAGCCCCCACAAGCUCUUCCUGCCUGUCAGAUGCCUCAUUCCCACCUGUGACGCUCAGAGAGAAACCAUGAGCCCUGAAAAACACCAUAUUGUUUUGUGAUGUCACCUCUGGAAUGUUCUGAGUGUUUUGGUGACCAACUUCUGCAUAGGACCUAUACCUGGCAACUCACAUUGCACUCAAGGCCAAAUUAUACAAGAAAAAGAGAUACCAGAUCUGAAAGCCUAGAAAUUCCAAUCAAUGUGGUUCUGCCUCAGAGUCACCAAAGUCCUCAUUGGAAGACCAAGGCCAUGCAACCAGAGGGGUUGAAAUGUAGGACGGAGGAACCCAAUGCAGAGAGGGGCACAGCUGAACCCUUCCCGAGGCUCCACAACUUGUACAGCACCCCUCGCUGCGCGCAGCAGGCCGCCCUGCCCCGGCUGAGCCGCAGGAUGGCAAGCCAGCACUCCUACCCGCUGAACCGCUUCUCCUCCGUGCCUUUAGAUCCCAUGGAGCGCCCCAUGUCCCAGGCCGACCUGGAGCUGGACUACAACCCGCCCCGGGUGCAGCUCAGCGACGAGAUGUUCGUGUUCCAGGACGGGCGCUGGGUGAAUGAGAACUGCCGCCUGCAGUCUCCCUACUUCUCCCCAUCCGCCUCCUUCCACCACAAGCUGCACCACAAGAGGCUGGCCAAAGAGUGCAUGCUGCAGGAGGAGAACAAGUCUCUGCGGGAGGAGAACAAGGCCCUGCGCGAGGAGAACAGGAUGCUCCGCAAGGAGAACAAGAUCCUGCAGGUCUUCUGGGAGGAGCACAAGGCCUCACUGGGCCGGGAGGAGAGCCGGGCCCCCUCGCCACUGCUGCACAAGGACAGCGCGUCCCUGGAGGUGGUUGAGAAGGACCACGUCGCCCUGCAGGUGCCCCGCGGCAAGGAGGACAGCACCCUGCAGCUCCUCCGGGAGGAGAAUCGCGCGCUGCAGCAGCUGCUGGAGCAGAAACAGGCCUACUGGGCACAGGCAGAGGACAAGGCCGCCCCUGCCGAGGAAAGCAAGCCCGCCCCCUCGCCCCACGAGGAGCCCUGCAGCCCCGGGCUGCUGCAGGACCAGGGCUCCGGCCUCUCCUCCCGCUUCGAGGAGCCCAAAGGGCCCCCGGCCCGGCAGGAGGACUCCAAGGAGCUGCGCGCCCUGCGGGAGAUGGUCAGCAACAUGUCCGGGCCCUCCGGGGAGGAGGAGGCCAAGGUGGGCCCGGGCCUGCCCGACGGCUGUCAGCCCCUGCAGCUGCUGAGAGAGAUGAGGCAGGCGCUGCAGGCCCUGCUCAAGGAGAACCGGCUCCUGCAGGAGGAGAACAGGACCCUGCAGGUGCUACGGGCAGAGCACAGGGGCUUCCAGGAGGAGAACAAGGCCCUGUGGGAGAACAAUAAGCUGAAGCUGCAGCAGAAGCUGGUCAUCGACACCGUGACCGAGGUCACCGCGCGCAUGGAGAUGCUCAUCGAGGAGCUCUACGCCUUCAUGCCAGCCAGGAGCCAGGACCCCAAGAAGCCUAGCAGGGUCUGAGGCCUCCGCCGUGCACUGGGACGCCGAGUUUGGGACACCGAACACUGGGCAAAAGAGAAUCCGCUGCCUUCCUUUGUCGUCCUCGCCUUCCCCAACCAGUUCGUACCUAUUGAAAAGCAGCGUUAGCAGCCUUCCUAAACUCAGAGUAUUAAUAAAGGUGUGAGGAGGCUGGGGCCAGUUGACACCA